GCCACAUCCCACCCCUUUAACGUUCAACUUGGCACCGCAACAUCAGGGUCCUCUGGACAGACUCUGCUUUAUUUGUGAUGGGAGCGAAACAUAAAGCUGCAAUUAUCUAUCAUAUAAGACGAUCGCAGCCGUAGGGUAACGCAUAAAAAAAAAAAAACUUCUUGUCGCAAUGCACGAGGUCGCCCUCCUCCCCGCUUCGGCGCUCCUCUUGCUCCUCUCCUGCUGCUCCCCUGUCCGGGGAUACUUCGCGGAGGAGCGCUGGAGCCCCGAGUCUCCGCUCCUGGCUCCUCGGGUUCUUCUCGCCCUCAUCUGCAGAAACUCCGAGCACUCUUUGCCGUACUUCCUGGGAACCAUAGAGCGACUCACGUACCCCAAGGACCGUAUGGCUCUCUGGGUAGCAACUGACCACAAUGAGGACAACACCACAGUAAUUCUACGUGACUGGCUUUUAAAGGUGCAAAACCUCUACCAUUAUGUAGAGUGGCGGCCAAAAGAAGAGCCCAGUCGUUACAAGGAUGAAGAUGGUCCAAAAGACUGGACAGAUCUCCGUUACGAGCACGUAAUGAAGCUUCGGCAGGGAGCACUGGAGUCUGCUCGUGAAAUGUGGGCAGACUACUUGAUGUUCGUGGAUUGUGACAACCUUCUUACAGAUCAAGAUGUACUCUGGAAGCUAAUGAAAGAGAACAAGACAAUAAUAGCUCCAAUGCUUGAAUCCCGUGGCGCCUAUUCAAACUUCUGGUGUGGAAUGACCUCGCAGGGUUACUAUAGAAGGACCCCUGCCUACCUACCUAUGAGGAAGCAAGUCCGUAAAGGCUGUUUUGCUGUUCCAAUGGUGCAUUCCACAUUCCUCAUAGACCUCAGGAAACAGGCUUCCAGGCAGCUAGCCUUUCACCCGCCACAUCCAGAAUACAGCUGGGCAUUUGAUGAUAUCAUUGUGUUUGCAUUCUCUGCUCAGAUGGCAGAUGUUCAAAUGUUUGUAUGUAAUAGGGAGACCUAUGGUUAUCUUCCUGUACCUCUACGCUCCCAUAAUACGUUGCAAGAUGAAGCUGAUAGCUUCUUACACUCGCUAUUGGAAGUUAAUGUGCGAAAUUCUCCUCUAAUACCUUCUAAAUACAUCCGUGUUCCUAGAAAAAAACUUGACAAAAUGGGCUUUGAUGAGGUUUUCAUGAUAAACCUGGAGAGGCGGACUGACCGCCGAGAACGUAUGCUACAGGCCCUGUAUGAGCAGAAGAUUGCAUGCAAGGUCAUUGCAGCUGUAGAUGGAAAAGCAAUGAAUGUGAGUGAAAUCUAUGACUUGGGGAUCCACAUGCUCCCGGGAUACAAGGACCCCUACCAUGGUCGACCGCUGACAAAGGGAGAGCUAGGUUGCUUUCUUUCCCACUAUAACAUCUGGAAGGAGGUUGUAGACCGCCGUCUGAAAACGUCCCUUGUGAUUGAAGAUGACCUGCGUUUCGAGGUCUUCUUCAAACGCCGCUUAAUGAACUUGAUGAGUGAGGUUGAGGAAGAAGGACUGGACUGGGAUCUUAUAUAUAUUGGUCGGAAGAGAAUGCAAGUAGAUCACAAGGAGAAAGCGGUGCCAAAUAUACACAACUUAGUGGAAGCAGAUUAUUCAUACUGGACUCUAGGUUAUAUGAUUUCAUUGCAGGGUGCUGAGAAGCUUUUAAAAGCAGAACCGCUUAAAAGGAUAUUGCCAGUAGAUGAGUUUCUUCCCAUUAUGUACAACAAACACCCUGUCUCUGAUUAUAUGGAGCAGUUUGAAACCAGGGACCUGAAGGCGUUUUCGGCAGAGCCUCUCCUGGUGUAUCCUACUCACUACACAGGCGACCCCGGCUACAUCAGCGACACGGAGACCUCCACCGUGUGGGACAAUGAUACGAUCCGUACGGACUGGGACAGAGCAGCGCGCUCCGGGAAAACUCAGGAGCAGGCUGAGAUCAGCCGCGAGGCCCAAAACACAGAUGUGCUCCAGUCCCCUUUGGACAGUGCAACUCGGGACGAGCUUUAAGAGAAACUGAGUGAGAGUUUCAAAUCUAAACAUGCAAUAAUCAUACCAUCUGAGGUUUUUUGAUCCUUUUUUUAACCUUAACGUUUUGAUUUAUUUUCACUGCAUGGAUCUGAUAUCAAAGAUUAAAGAAGGAUUAGAUUUGGCAGGUGUGACAAGUUAAAAAGGGAUCAUGGCUGACUUUUAUUGUACACAUUGAUUGCAUAGAUUAUUUUAAAUGGGCACUAGACUUGCUAUUGUUUAUGGCAUUUGCAGUACUCUCCUUUUGUCUGUCAUACAGAAGUUAACAGAUGCAUUAACAGCAAAUAAAGUUUGACUGGUACAUCUCAGCCAUUUUAGGUUAACUAAUUUUAUGUUGCACUGUAAAAUGUUUCUUUUCCAAAUGUGUUAUUAGUGCAGAUGAAUAACAAAAUAGACUAUUUCCAAAAAAUAAAUAAAUAAAUCUAGCAGAAAUUCUGGUUUCAAUUCAACGUUUGUUUCUAAUCUUUAUUUCUAAAUGAAAAUUUUUUGAUAACUUUUUUAGCAAACCACUUUAAAUGAAAUAUGCACUAUGGUAUAAAAAACAUUUGGAUACAUGUUCCAUAUGCGGUUGCAAUAAAAAGUAUUCUUCUAUUCACUGUG